AAGAAAAAGAAAAUGGAGAGAGACGCCAAAACUCAGCCUCAAUCUGCGUAGCCAAGGAAAGGGGCGUGCUGCUGUUUGCUGAGUAUGAAUAUAUAAACAACCAUCAGUCCAUAGCCUCUUCCUUCUCGUUUAAUAUAUUCAAUAUCUAUUCUAGCUUCUUUUAUUUUUUUGUCUUUGAAUUAUUAUAUCCAAAUCUCAAAAUUCUUUUUCUCUGAACUGAUCUCAGAUUCGCACUCCAAAACCCACUUUCCAAAACCCGAAAAUUGCUAAAUCCAAACAUUUUCUUAAUCCCUACAACUUAUCCUUUUGCUUUCCAUUACUUUUUGAACAAAUCCAGCUGCUGCUUUGCUUUAUAUCCAGGUUUUCAUGUCUUUCCCCUCUCGCCACCUCUUUGUCUCUGUGUUUUCCUCGCUUUUGCUGUUCUGUUUUGAUUGAAUAAACCAAUUGCUUCUGCUGAAAUUUGAUUGACUUGGGUGCUCCAGUGAGUUGACUGGAAGGGAAUCACUGAAAAAGAGGUUAACUGGGUUUUGUCCCAAAAAGGAUUCUGUGACGAAGUUUUUCCACUUUUCUAUGUUGAUCGCUUCAUGAAUUGAAGUUUUGAAAUGUUUAUCGUACAAUUUGCGAAAAAGGAUUACUCUAUGAAGCUGGAUGAAGUGAUUAAGCUAGAUAAGAUUUUAUCAUUUUUGAGGCUUUAGGAUUAUUAAGUGUUCAAUUUCAAAUUUUGGUGUUGGGAUGGGCUGCGAGUGUUCGAAGCUCUCCGCCUGUUGUUGGACUUCUGAGUUUGAUGGAUCAAUUCCCGAGGGCCAAAAUGAGGAAAAUGAGGAGAGGAAGGAAGUUGAUGAGUUGCCUGCAUUCCGUGAAUACACCAUUGAGACGCUCAAGAUGGCAACAUCUGGAUUUGCUGUGGAGAAUAUAGUUUCUGAACAUGGGGAAAAGGCUCCCAACGUGGUUUAUAGGGGUAAGUUUGAGAAUCAGAGGAGGAUAGCCGUAAAACGAUUUAAUAGAUCUGCUUGGCCUGAUGCUAGACAGUUUUUGGAAGAAGCAAGAGCUGUUGGUCAGCUUCGGAACCAUAGGCUGGCAAAUUUACUUGGUUGUUGCUGUGAAGGGGAUGAGAGGCUACUUGUUACAGAAUUUAUGCCCAAUGAUACAUUAGCAAAACACUUAUUUCACUGGGAAACGCAACCAAUGAAAUGGGCAAUACGACUUAGGGUGGCUUUACAUAUAGCACAAGCUCUAGAAUAUUGUACUAGUAAAGGGCGUGCUCUGUAUCAUGAUCUGAAUGCUUAUAGGAUUGUUUUUGAUGAUGAGGGUAACCCUCGACUUUCAUGCUUUGGUCUGAUGAAGAACAGCAGAGAUGGAAAAAGUUAUAGUACAAACCUGGCAUUUACUCCUCCUGAGUAUCUGAGAACAGGGAGAGUAACACCAGAAAGUGUAAUGUAUAGCUUCGGUACCCUUUUGCUUGACCUCCUUAGUGGAAAACAUAUUCCUCCCAGCCACGCUUUGGACUUAAUAAGGGACAGGAAUAUUCAGAUGCUUACUGAUUCUUGCUUGGAAGGCCAAUUUACAAAUGAUGAUGGGACUGAAUUGGUCCGAUUAGCCUCUCGAUGUUUGCAGUAUGAGCCUCGUGAGCGGCCAAAUCCAAAGUCAUUAGUUGCUGCAUUGAUUCCACUUCAGAAGGAUACUGAGGUUCCUUCUCAUGUAUUGAUGGGUAUACCAGAUGGUGCUGCACCUUUACCUUUGUCACCCCUCGGUGAGGCUUGCUUAAGAAUGGAUUUGACUGCCAUACAUGAGAUCAUAGAAAAGAUUGGAUAUAAAGAUGAUGAGGGUGCGGCUACUGAGCUCUCAUUCCAAAUGUGGACCAAUCAGAUGCAGGAAACAUUAAAUUCAAAGAAAAAGGGUGAUGUUGCCUUCCGGCAUAAAGAUUUUAGAGCUGCCAUUGAAUGCUAUUCCCAGUUCAUUGAGGUUGGAACCAUGGUUUCUCCAACUGUCUAUGCACGCCGAAGUCUAUCUUAUCUUAUGAACGAAAUGCCACAGGAAGCCCUUAAUGAUGCAGUGCAAGCCCAAGUAAUAUCCCCUAUUUGGAAUAUUGCAUCCUAUUUACAGGCAACAGCUCUUUUUGCAUUGGGAAGGGAGAGUGAGGCACAAGCAGCUCUUAAAGAGGGAUCAACACUUGAAAAUAACAAGACAACAAAUGCUUGAUGAUAGAAAAUGAUGAUGCUCAAUAAAGCUGUUCUUUAAUUGCUCUUCCUUGAGAUGACCACCAAGGGCAAACACAAGCUUAAUUUUGAGCUGAUCAAGUGUUGUUAAGCCUCACAGUGAACCUUCGUGUGGGCCAUAAAUGGUCCCCAUCUUCUGCAUGUGAUUGGUUGUCAUCUUUAAGAAUUCUUUCCAAAAAUUAUUGGAUGGGUAGGUUUUUGUCAGUGCUGGGUAUUUGCCAUAUUGGGACACUCAUUCACAUAUGAACAAUCUACCCUGGUUUCUGUUUGCUGACCUUUUCCAAUACACCAAUCUAGGGAAAUAAUAAAGACAAUCGUGGGAUAGAUUACAUGUUUGUAGAGGGAUUCAGGCAUUCAGCUCUUGUUUAAAGUUGCAUUUAGAGCGUGAAUAGAAGUCUCUGCGAUCCUUGUAAUUUAUGUACAGUGCUAUUGGUUGUGGUUGCUGAAGGUGAGGUGAAAUGGGCUUUUUAUUUCUUCGUAUGCUGUUGCGAAGUUUGUGAAUUAAUAUUAUUGCUUUCCAUUCGAGUCUUA